AUGACGUGGCUAACCGUGCUGAGUUUGUUGCUGGCGGCGGGGGUCAGCGGCGGCGCCAAAUUGUUUGUUCGUGCAUCCGAAAAACAACAAAAAAAGGACUUCAGGCCCCAAGCGUUGGUCGUUUUGCCACCGUUUCUCAGGCAGAACUCAACGAACCACAUUUGGGUAACGCCUGUUCAGGUAUCGAACAUUUAAAUCUUUGAGCGUUUUGGCAAUAUUUGAUCCGAAAAAGAGUUACUGCCUGUUUUAUUUGAUGAGUAAUGAUAGAUUUUUGUACCUUACGUAAAUGACUUCAACACUGGCGGCUUGGUUAAAAAGGACUGAAUCUAGUUCGCAUAAAAAAGGGAUGAAUAAUUAUCGGGAGAACUUCCCUAAUCAUGAUGGUGGAGCUUUGUGAUUUUUUGACUCUUUUUUUCAUGUUUCUAUUACAGACUGAUUCAAAUGUCGACGUCAAACUAACACUUCGGAAUGGGAAGAACCAGAUCGGAGCUCCUAUCAAGUCAAAAGCCAUAAGACCAGGUAAAAAAUUCAAGAAACAAAUAAAUUAUUCUCAUUUUAUAGGAGCGCCAAAAAAAAUUUCCUUCCCGCUUGACGGGACCGCAGAGUCUGUAGACAUCACUAUAGAAGUUGAAAUAGUCUUUUAUCCCUGAAUACCGCAAAAAUUCAGGUGACUAAGCAUGAACCUUUCAAAGCUCAACUUUUCGUACGUCCCGAUUUAUUCGCUGUGCAUCUUCACACAGAUAAAAACAUUUAUAGAGCUGGAGAAACAGGUAAUUAGACAGUAUUGGACAUGAUGAAGUUUUGUGGUUCAUUAUCCUUCAGUGAAAAUGAGAGCUCUGCCGUUGACCCAUCGAGGCACUCGCUAUGAAGAGCCUAUCGAAAUCAUCCUGAUUGUGAGCCUUUCAGUCGGAAAAAGUGAACUUGUGAGUUCAGAAUGCUGAAGGGUUUGAACUUCUGCGAAAAACGAAAAACUCUGACAAUUCGCCAAUCAUUGCUGACGAGUUCGAACUACCGGAGCACUUGUUCUUUGGAGACUGGAAGAUCAUCGCGCGACCAUCAGGGGUCAAAGAUCCUCAGCUCACUUUCUCGACAAGCUUCAGAGUUCAAGAUUAUGGUGAAUUGCUUUACCAAGAAAUUUACUUUCUAUUAUUAUUUGUUUCCCAAUUUUUUCCAUCACCUAACAUUGGCUUUUUUUUACUCUAAUCUUCUGUUCACAGAUCUUCCUGUCUUCAAGCUUUUUGGCUACGUCCAUGAUGGCGGAGACGUUGAAGAAACCGGAAUAACGAUCGAUGCAAGGUUAGAAACUUUUUUCACCACUUCGAAGUCGGAAAGAAGAUGUCAUUCACUUCCUUCUUCCACUUUUUUUGCAGAUAUUUCCACGGAGCUCCCAUCGACGGAACUUUCACAAUUUCAUGCUCAAAUGUCUCCCAUCAAGACGUCGACCGCUUGAGCCGUAUACGUGUCAAAUCUGGAGAAGUUAGUUUUAUGAAACUUUGGUCUUCAAAAUUUUCCAGUGCAGAAAAUGUAUGCAACGGGGUAG